AUGGAGCUCACGACGAUUCUCAAGAUCGCCUUUUGGAUGCCCAUUACUGUCGUAUCCGCUCACUCACCCGCGCUCCGGAAUGGCCCGAAAUGGAUAUCGAGCUGGAAAGACCCAAGGAUAUUCCCAGCACCGGAACCAUGCUUUACACCUUCAAAAGUUCCCGAACAUCAGGAAUUUUUCGGCUGCAAGGCGAAGCAUGCCGUUAAUGAAAAGGGCCAUUGCACACCGAACUGGUAUCGCCAGUGCGAAGAGUACUGCGAGUCGUAUGUGGAGUGGUGGUAUGGCCCGGAAAUGCGUUUCAAUCAGACCCGUUGUGGUCCGAAUCCUUGCAGACUCAAGCCAGGGCUACCAGUUGAAGUAAAAUUGCCAGAGUGGACAUCCCAAAUCACCAAUAGGACCUUUUCGAUGGCUAGUAACUUCAAUUACUGGACGCCUAAUACAACGGCAUCGAGUUACGCUUACGAAAAGCCUAAUGAGCUGUUAUAUGAAUGCGGUUACUUCGCCUUCAUCCCAUACAUGGUCAAAUCUUGUGGAAUCACCACGCAUGGCAGGGUCGGGCGAUUUUGGUUGGCUUCCUGGUGUUCUGGCGUUACACAAGUGGGAGAAUGCCGCGAAACUGUCCUCCACAAACCCGGCGGCGAGCCCGAUGGAGUCGUCGUAUUUGUGGCGACAGAUUGCAAUUCUCACUUCAAGCUGCGGCCAUUCUGCAAACAAGACCCGAUCUACUUGAAGGACGGAGUUUCAUUUGACCCCCAGCUUCGCAAGGAAUAUUUGUCGGCUUUCAAAAACGGAGACAUGAGCAAAGAGCUUCUCAGAGAAGCUUGGGAAGCAUGCCAGGAGUGGUCGCUGGACAAGACCAUUGCUAAUGCAGAAGAUGAGCCCAAGAAAAUUGAGCCGGCCCUGAUGCGCGAGACGGCAUAUUAA